AUGCUCCGCCGCGGCGUGCUCCUCCUCGCGGCCGUCCUCCUCGCCGUCGCUCACUCGCCCCUCGCGUACGCCUCGGAGGCCGACCACAAGUAUAAAACAGAAGAACCUGUUAAGCUAUGGGUAAACAAGGUUGGGCCUUACAAUAACCCUCAAGAGACGUACAACUAUUACAGUCUCCCAUUUUGUCAACCAUCUGAAAACCCUGCGCAUAAAUGGGGUGGUCUCGGAGAGGUCCUUGGUGGAAAUGAGCUGAUUGAUAGUCAGAUCGAUAUAAAGUUCAUAAAAAAUGUGGACAAGGGGGCCAUUUGCACAAUUGAACUUGAUGCUCAAAAGGUUCAGCAAUUUGCUAAUGCCAUUGAAAACUCAUAUUGGUUUGAGCUUUUCAUAGAUGAUCUGCCAUUGUGGGGUUUUGUUGGGGAGACUGACAAAAACAAUGAGAACAAGCACUACCUUUACACUCAUAAGAACAUUGUUGUUAAAUACAAUGGUAACAGGAUAAUUCAUGUGAAUCUAACGCAAGAGUCACCUAAGCUUCUUGAAGCUGGUAAAAAGUUGGAUAUGACUUAUUCAGUAAAGUGGGUGCAAACAAAUGUGGCAUUUGCACGGCGUUUCGAGGUUUACUUAGACUACCCGUUCUUUGAACACCAGAUUCAUUGGUUCUCCAUCUUCAAUUCAUUCAUGAUGGUUAUUUUCUUGACUGGUUUAGUGUCAAUGAUAUUGAUGAGGACACUAAGAAAUGAUUAUGCAAAAUACGCUCGUGAAGAUGACGAUCUGGAAUCACUUGAGCGAGAUGUUAAUGAGGAAUCUGGGUGGAAGCUUGUCCAUGGUGAUGUGUUCCGACCUCCUCACAGCCUGGUGUUUCUUUCUUCCCUUGUUGGUAUUGGCACUCAGCUGGCAGCUCUUAUCCUGCUUGUGAUUGUGUUGGCCAUUGUUGGCAUGUUAUAUGUUGGGCGAGGAGCUAUCAUCACAACCUUUAUUGUGUGCUAUGCUCUUACAUCUUUCAUCUCUGGAUAUGUUAGUGGUGGCCUCUAUUCAAGGAAUGGUGGCAAAAACUGGAUAAAGGCUAUGAUCCUUACAGCAUCACUUUUUCCAUUCUUGUGUUUCUCGAUUGGAUUGGUGUUAAACACUAUUGCUAUCUUCUACCGAUCAUUAGCAGCUAUACCAUUUGGCACAAUGGUUGUUAUGUUUGUUCUUUGGGCUUUCAUCUCCUUCCCGUUGGUUCUAUUGGGGACUGUAGUUGGUAGAAAUUGGAGUGGUGCUCCCAACAACCCUUGUCGUGUGAAAACGAUCCCACGCCCUAUCCCUGAGAAGAAGUGGUACCUCACACCUUCUGUUAUUUCAUUGAUGGGUGGGCUUCUCCCCUUCGGCAGCAUCUUCAUUGAGAUGUACUUCGUAUUCACUUCCUUCUGGAACUACAAGGUGUACUACGUCUAUGGUUUCAUGUUGCUGGUCUUUGUCAUCCUCAUAAUAGUCACCAUAUGUGUCACUAUUGUGGGUACUUAUUUCUUGUUGAAUGCUGAGAACUAUCAUUGGCAAUGGACAUCAUUCUUCUCUGCUGCAUCUACCGCCUUGUAUGUAUAUCUAUACUCUAUAUACUAUUAUCAUGUGAAGACAAAGAUGUCAGGCUUUUUCCAGACAAGCUUCUAUUUUGGUUACACCUUGAUGUUCUGUCUUGGAUUGGGAAUACUUUGUGAAGUAGGCAACAUUCGACAUCAGACCGAACGCUUCGAGGCUACUGUCAUCGUGCGCUACAGCAUGAAGCUGGUGGUCGAGGUCGUCGGCGCGCACGACCUGCCGGCGAGGCGCGGCCGCGUGACCCCGUUCGUGCAGGUCGCGUUCGGCGGCCAGCGCCACGCGACCGGCGUUAGGCCCGGCGAGGCCAACCCGACGUGGAACGAGACGGUCGUGUUCGUAAUCGACGCGAUCGUCGCCGGCCGCGGCGGCCGGCUGUCGGACCGUUCCAUCGACGUCGGGGUCUACCACCGGCGCGCCUCGGGCCGCAAGAGCUGCCUCGGCCGCGUCCGCCUGUUCGGCGCGGCCGUCGCGCCGUCCGCUGAGGAGGCCGUCCUCCUGCGCUGCCCACUCGACAAGCCCAGCUUCUUCGCCCCGGCGCGCGGCGAGGUGGCGCUCCGACUCUACCUGGCGCCGUACGGCCCGCCGGCCACUCCCAGCGCCGCCGCCGCUGCGCUGGCGGGGAAUGCCUACUCUACCACGUAUGCCACAAGUACCUUCAACGACACCGCCUCCAUGGCCGGCGGCCCAGAGACAGUGAUCGGAGGCGCGAGCACGCAGUCGUCUCCUGCAAUGGUGAUCAAGAAGAAAAAGAAGAAGAAAGAACCGGUGCAAGAGCCGCCGCCGGUGCAUGUCUUCAACUCCAUCCCAACGCAGUCCAGCACCGGGUCGCUGAUCUUCCCGCCACCACCACCGCCGUCCAUGCCACCGCCCACCGCAGCCCCAAAGGCCACCAAGAAGGCUGCGGCGCCUGCCACCGCCGACGACGCCAAGGCGGCGGAGUACCUCAUGGUUGACAAGCUGGAGUUCCUGUACGUCAACGUAGUGCGCGGCAGGGGCCUCUCCGGCACCGACCCGUACGUGGAGAUCCGGGUGGGCAACUACUCGGCGGUGACACGUCAUCUUGUCAGGAACCAUGAGCCCGAGUGGAACCAGGUGUUCGCCUUCUCCAAGGAUCAGCUGCAGGCGGACAGCGUGGAGGUGAUCGUCAAGGACAAGAACCUCAUCGUGUGGGACAGCAUCGUCGGCAGAGCUGCCCUGAACAUCCUCGAGCUCCCAAGCUUGGCUCCUCCUAACCGCCCUCUGGCGCCUCAAUGGUACAGGCUCACGGGCGCCAAGGGCCAGUGGACAGGCGGCGAGGUCAUGGUCGCCGCCUGGAAGGGGUCGCAGUCCGACGAGGCCUUCGCCGGCGCACUGCACUCCGGCGCGCACGACCUGGCACCGGCCAACGUGGCCACCACCCAGACGAAGUGCUACUUCGCGCCACGGCUGUGCUACCUCCGGUGCCACGUCAUCGCCGCGCAAGACUUGGUCCACCCUGACCGCAGCCGCCGGUCGCGGAUGAGCGUGUUCGCGAGGGUGCAGCUCGGCGGGCAGAGGUGGUGCACGCGGGCGUCGCCGAGCGCCAAGUGGGACGAGGACUUCUUCCUCGUCGCGGCGUGGCCGUUCGACGAGCCCCUGGAGAUCGCCGUCAUUGACAUCACCUCGCCGCAGCGGCACGAGCUGCUGGGCGAGCAGUUCGACAAGAAGAAGUUCAAGCCGCCGGCGCCGUCAUGGCACGACCUCGAGCUGCCACGUUCAUCUGACGGCGGUGGCGGUGGUGGCGACGAUGCCCCGGACAGAUCAGGACGGCGGCACGAGUUCAGGAGCAAGAUACAGCUGCGCGUCUACUACGAUGCGGCGUACCACGUCCUCGACGAGGUCACGUCGUACGCCAGCGACUUCCAGCCAUCGGCGCGGCCGCUCCGAUCGCAGGCCAUCGGUGUCCUCGAGCUCGCCGUCCUGCGAGCAACCGGCCUCCGGUCAACGAAGCGCCCGAACGGCGGGCGAGGGACUGUCGACGCCUACUGCGUCGCAAAGUACGGGCAGAAGUGGAUCCGGACACGCACGCUCCUCGACACGGCCUCGCCGAGCUGGCAGGAGCAGUUCACGUUCGACGUGUUCGACCCCUGCACCGUGCUCACCGUCGCCGUCUUCGACAACAGCCAGCUCUCCUCCGCCGAGGCCUCGCGGCGCGGCGACACCGACGCGCCGCUGGGCAAAGUCCGCAUCCGCGUAUCCACGCUGGCGUCAGGCCGCACGUACGAGCAGCCGUACUCCCUGUUCGUGGUGCACCCCACCGGGCUCCUCCGGUGCGGCGAGCUCCACCUCGCCGUCCGGUUCACGCACACGGCGUGGCUCAACAUGAUGUCGCUGUACCUCCGGCCGGCGCUGCCGAAGCAGCACUUCGCGAAGCCGAUCCCGACGCACCUCCUCCCGAGGCUCCGGCGGAACGCCGCGGACGUCGUCGCGUCCCGCCUGGCGCGCGCCGAGCCGCCGCUGCUCCCGGGCGCCGUGCACUACCUCCUCCGCGACCCGUCUGCGCACCCGAGGUCCGACGUGGCGGAGGCCUACGCGUACAGCAUGCGCAGGUCCCUCGCCGCUUGCGCGCGCCUGCGCGACGUGCUGGCCCCGCUCGCCGCGUUCGCGCGCUGGUUCCGGGGCGUCCGCGACUGGGACAACCCGGUCACCACCGUCCUCGUCCUGGUCGUGUUCCUCGUGCUGGCGUGGAUGCCCAAGCUCAUCCUUCCGACCUUCUUCCUCUACCUUUUCGCCGUUGGCGUGUGGAACUUCUGGCGGCGGCCGGCGCAGCCGGCGCAGAUGGAGCACUACAGCGACGGCGUUCCCCAGGCCAUGUUCGAGGAGGAGUUCGACGCCGGGUUGCCGUCGGGGACCCUGCCGGAGGUACUCCUCCUGUGGUACUUGCGACUCCGGGAAACGGCUGCUCACAUCCAGGGGUUCAUCGGUGACGUCGCCUCGAAGGGAGAGCGCGUGCACGCGGUGCUGGGGUGGAGGGACGGCCGCGCCACGGUGAUCGCGCUCGUGGCGGUGGCCGCGCUCACCGUCGUGAGCUACGCGGUGCCGUUCAAGGCGCUGGUGUCUGUCACCGGGCUCUACGUGAUGAGGCAUCCGCUGCUGCGGCGGAAGGAGCCGUCGGCGCUGAUGAGCUUCUUCCGGCGGUUGCCGUCCAAUGCCGAUGUCAUGCUGUGA